CCUAGAUUUGUGGCAAGCUUCGGGAGGGAGGAGAGCUCUUCUUCCUGGUGGGUUCCCGCAGACUGCCGGCUAAGGCUCAGAGAACCAGCUUCUUCCCUGCUGUCUCCUGAGCCCAGUCCCUCUUGGCCAUCACAUUGAUCCUGCCCUAUGGCGGCCCUCACGGACCUCUCGUUUAUGUACCGCUGGUUCAAGAACUGCAAUCUGGUCAGCAAUCUCUCAGAGAAGUAUGUCUUCAUCACAGGCUGUGACUCUGGCUUCGGGAACCUGCUGGCCAAACAGCUGGUUGAUCGGGGCAUGCAGGUGCUGGCUGCUUGCUUCACUGAGGAGGGAGCCCAGAAACUUCAGCAGGAUACCUCCUGUCGGCUGCAGACCACCCUGCUGGACGUCACCAAAAGUGAAAGCAUCAAGGCGGCGGCCCAGUGGGUGAGGGACCAAGUGGGCGAGCAAGGCCUCUGGGCCCUGGUGAACAAUGCUGGUGUGGGCCUGCCCAGUGGCCCCAACGAAUGGCUGACCAAGGAGGACUUUGUGAAGGUGAUCAAUGUGAACCUGGUGGGACUGAUCGAAGUGACCCUUCACAUGCUGCCCAUGGUCAGGAGAGCCCGGGGCAGGAUUGUCAACAUGUCCAGCUCUGGUGGUCGUGUGGCUAUCAUCGGUGGUGGCUACUGUGUCUCCAAGUUUGGCGUCGAAGCCUUCUCUGACAGCAUUAGGCGUGAGCUCUACUACUUUGGAGUGAAGGUCAGCAUCAUUGAGCCGGGGAACUACCGGACAGCCAUUCUGGGCAAGGAGGGCAUGGAGUCACGCCUGCGAAAACUUUGGGAGAGGCUACCUCAGGAGACCCGGGACAGCUAUGGAGAGGAGUACUUCUGCAUCUAUACCGACAAAUUGAAAAACAUGAUGCAGCUGGCAGAGCCCAGAGUCGGAGAUGUCAUCAACAGCAUGGAGCAUGCUGUUGUUUCCCGGAGCCCUCGCAUCCGCUACAACCCUGGCCUGGAUGCCAAACUCCUGUACCUCCCCCUGGCUAAGCUGCCCACCCCUGUGACAGAUUUCAUCCUGAGCCGGUACCUUCCAAGGCCAGCAGACAGUGUCUAAACUGGGGAGGCUCAAUAGAUCAGUGGAGCAUAAAAGAGGGGGAGAAAGGACUUUAGGGUCACCAACGGUGGUAUCGGAUAUCCUGGGGGCAUUGGCUGCAAAGGACACUUGGCUCAGCUGACACCCACUGCUGUCAAAUUUACCAGUAACUUCUAACAGAAGAUGAAUGCCUCUUCCCACCCUCUGGGGCCCCACAGAAACCUGAGGCGGCCUUUUUGCAGGUUCAGUGAUCUGCAGCAAUGGCUCCGAGGACGUCUGCCACCCAGUCGGGAUAUGGCUUCUUCUGGUCUUGGAAAAGUCAUGGAGAAAACCAGCUCCUGCUGAAUCAUGAUCUCCUUUCAGUUAUCACUGCCACUGAGAAAUACUGUGGGAUAAUCUAGCCCCCAAGAGAAUCUAACCAUCUUCCUACUGGGUCCCUCAGUAUGCACAACUUCAUUCACAUAACCCAUUAUGUGUUAUGUGAAUGAAGUACCUAAGAGGGCGGAUAGGGCGUGCAAGAUUACAUCAGACAAAAGUUUAAGAUAUUUUCUCUCUUUUUAGAUUCUUCUAUCUAUAGGUGAUUGGGAUCCACAUGAAAUAACAUUCAUUUAUUUAACCAUCAUUGAGUAAUUUUUCAAAUAUUUAUUGAAUGCCUACUACCUACCAGGCACUUUGUAGGUGCUGGGGGAAUAUAAAGAUGAUUAAACCAUGGUCUUGGUUUUUUAUUGUUUAUUUCGUGUUUUGCUUUGCUUUGUUUUAGCACAACAUCUAGUAGCAGAGUUAGGACAAACAGUGAUAGAAGGAAUAGAAAUCAGAAUACAAAUUUUUAGAGCUAGGAAGGACCCUGGAAGUCUUCAUCCAAUACUUCACAAACUUGGCUGUACCUUGUAAACACCCAGUUAACUAAAAAUACAGACUCCUGCACCAGUAUUAGAAAAUCUGAUUCGGUAGGACUGAGAGAAGACCCAGAAAUAUGUGCCUGUAACAAGGACCUAGACGAUUCUGAGGCACCUGGGCAAUCGGGAGCCACCAGAAGUUCCACAGAAGUAGCUGACACUCAGAGGGGAGGGUGACCUGCCUAAGAUCCCAGCUUAGUGACUAAGACAAGGACACCAAUUACAUGUUCAGGCUACCAGACCAGGAUUCUUUUUCGUUACAGAAAAAUCAAUUUCUGAAGUUAGUAACAUUGUCAAAUAAGUCACUGAACUAAUUUAAAUAAAA